UUAAAAAACAAAGGGAUCUCUCUCAAAUUUGCAACUCCAACUCCAAGAGCUAUGGGUUCUGAAGCUCGCCAUGUUUCACCAAAAACCACAUCACAGGUCGAUGUAGAUGAAGUUGCAGAGGUUACAGUGAUGAAAACAGUGUAUAGCAGAGUGAAGAAGAACUCGGUGGCGAAGGUUAUCUCCGAGAGAAGAUGCAGUUCUAGGGUUAAGAGAAAACCAGAAAAUGAGAACGAUAUGGUUUAUAGAUUUGAUAGGAAGUACGAAAGGAGAGGCACGAGUAAGAAGGCGAAAGAUCGCCAUGGACGAGCCUCGGAUAAUCCACUCACUGGUUUGGGAUCUGAGCUUGUCGAGAAUGUGAAGGAGGAGGAGGAGCCUCCAAACACUGCAAUGGAAUUAACUGAAACAAUGAUCAAUGUGGUGGAAAAUUGUGACGCCCAAUCCCAUAACCAGGCCGGGAUGAGUGCAUCUGCAUUGGUGAAGGAUACACUAAGAGUUUUUGAUGCACAUUUCCUUCGUUUUGUUCAGGAAGAGGAGAAAAGGUGUGGAAAAGUAAAAGUAGCCAAUGAGCCAGAAGUUGGUAGUGCUUGCAAGCCUAAGGGUAAGACACACAAAUUAAGAGGCAAAAACAACUUGAAAUCUACUAUUGCAAGACUGGAUAAGGAGGGUAGUGCCUCUGAGGUAGACAUCAAAUCGAAAAUCAAACGACCUGAUCUUAAGGCCAUAUCCAAGAUGAUUGAAACUAAAACAAUUCUGUACCCUGAGAAAAGAUUUGGUAACAUUCCAGGUAUUGAUGUUGGGCAUCAAUUCUUUUCUCGGGCUCAGAUGGUUGUUAUAGGUUUUCACCAACACUGGCUAAAUGGAAUUGAUUACAUGGGAAGUAGCUAUAGUAAAGUGGAGCAAUACGAACUAUAUACUUUUCCCCUUGCUGUCUCUAUAGUUCUCUCAGGUCAGUACGAGGAUGACCAAGACAAUUCGGAUGAUAUUGUAUAUACUGGACAAGGUGGACAUGAUCUACUUGGCAAUAAGCAUCAAAUUGCCAACCAGGAGAUGAAAAGGGGGAAUUUGGCAUUGAAGAAUAGCAUGGAACAUGACAUCCCUGUAAGAGUGACUCGUGGACAUGAAUCUGCAAAUAGUUACUGCGGCAAGGUUUAUACAUAUGAUGGCUUAUAUAAGGUCGUUAAGUACUGGGCAGAAAAAGGCGUAUCUGGAUUCACUGUCUACAAGUAUCGCCUGAAACGACUUGAAGGGCAGCCUGAGUUAACGACUAAGCAGGUUCAUUUCACUCGAGCUCAACCCCCAAAGAGUAUUUCAGAGCUGCGAGGGUUGGUCUGCGAGGAUAUCAGUGGACGCCAGGAGAACUUUCAAAUUCCUGCAACCAAUGAGGUUGAUCCCCCACUCGCUCCCUCUGGUUUCACAUACUAUAAAUCGAUUAAAGUGGGAAGAGGCAUUACUCUCCCGCCAAAUGCGGAAGGAUGUCAAUGCAGUGGGGAUUGUGUGGAUUCAAGACGAUGUGCUUGUGCAAGAUUGAAUGGUUCAGAAUUCCCCUAUGUAAGCAAAAAUGGCGGAAGGUUGGUGCAAGCAAAGGAUGUCAUAUAUGAGUGUGGUCCAAACUGUGGAUGUGGACCUGAUUGUGUGAACCGAACCUCUCAGCGAGGACUUAGAUACCGACUUGAGGUAUUUCGAACUCCAAAGAAAGGGUGGGCUGUUAGGUCUUGGGAUACCAUACCUUCUGGGGCACCCGUAUGCGAAUAUACAGGUUUACUUAUGCGGACAAAUGAAGCAGACAAUGACACAGAGAACAACUUUAUUUUUGACAUUGAUUGCCUGCAAACCAUAAAAGGGAUUGAUGGAAGACAGAGGAGAUUUGGAGAUGUAUCAAUACAUAACCCAGCUAAUUUUGAGAAAAUUGAAGAUAAGAAAUUAGAGGGCUCUGUGGAGUUUUGUAUUGAUGCAGGAAGUUGUGGGAGUGUUGCUAGAUUCAUCAAUCACAGUUGUGAACCAAAUCUCUUUGUACAGUGUGUCUUAAGCUCCCACCAUGAUAUGAAGCUUGCACGGGUGAUGCUUUUUGCCUCAGACAACAUUCCGCCAUUACAGGAACUUUCCUAUGAUUAUGGCUAUGCACUCGAUAGUGUGGUGGGCAUUGAUGGCAAGAUCAAGGAAAUGCCUUGCUAUUGUGGAUCUUCGGGUUGUCGGAAGCGUUUAUAUUAGAUGAAGACUCAUAGUUAGUAUUAAUCUUGAACUGACCUUUGGGAAUUUGAUUUGGUUCACGACAUAUUCUUCCAUGGACGAGGUUGAUGAAUCUAGUUGGUGGAAGGUGUUUUUGUGGAAUGGUGGAAAUGGUUUAUAGUCCACGUAUGUGGGCAUAUUUGGUUUUGUUUGCAUUGCUUUUAAUCAACUGGUAACGUGGAUGCCAUUAAGGAGUUGACGAAUUUGACUUUUUGUGGAGUGGAGACAUUUGAGCCUUGAAAGGUUUUGCAAAGGAUUUGGGCAAGGCCAGUCUCUAGAAGGUAAGGUUGUAUUGUUAUGUAAAAUUAUGUAGUCCUAUACUUUCAGCUGGGAUUUCCUUUUGGAAAGUUUCCCUAAUUUUGUUACAUCGUUAUUGUUUUGUGGCAGUAUUGUUGCCGUCCAAUGUCUACUUGCAUAUGUAUUUCUUUUUUUAUUGAGGCCUAAUUUUGUAAUGUUGAACCAGUAUGGUUAAUGGCCAUGUGCUUAAUGAUUACACAACUUAUGAUGGUA